AUGGACUUCCAAUCUACCGGAACGUGGAAAGAUUGUGGAAAAUUUUCGUACUAUGUUACAACAGCAAAAAUGGACAACGUUUACGUCGUUGAGCCGAAUUUAAAUGCUGCCAGCGCACCAAACACAAUUGUCGUUUUGGAGCGAAAUGAAGAACGCGACCAGUAUCCGAACCGUUUGGCCGAGAUGUGCAAUGAAAAAUUGGGAUUUGGACAGUGUUUGUGUGGUGGAAUCUUGGCGGCUGUGGGUUUUGCGCCGUGCAGAAAUGUUCCUCACUGCUCAAGAACCACCGAGAUGUGGAUCAACAUUGCUGGUGGGUUUUUGUAUUUCAUCAUUGGAAUGACUGCUGUUCAAAUUUUUAAAAGAAAAGCAACCAAAUGCCAAAAUGCUCGGAAUCAAUGUGCAAGUUUAAUAGAGGACUUGAAAUAGCCUUCGCUCCUGUGGCAAGUGUUUUGUCAGUUUGCCAAGUGGUCAGAUGCUGGAGAAAGAUAAAGACAAUUCAGGUGAAUAUACGAAAUCAUCAUCUUCAUCAAUUAUCAUCAAAGACAGUCAUAAUUUUCAUCAUCCAUGAUUAUCAACAAUUAUUGUCAAUG